AUGCAUGCCCCGCUUGUGGGCGUGGGCAGGCCAGACUCGCCCUCGAGCAAGUCGGCGUUGACCCAGCAGAUCGAGCAGAACGAGGGCGAACGCACUCCAAGAUCAAGAUCAUCUGCAAUCUCGGCCAGAGGCUCGCCAAAACCUCGAUCCCUCUCCGAUGCUCCGAAGCCUGUCCUCUCCCCGUCCCCGACUAUUCGAGAAUCUCUCCGGCGAGUUUCUCAAGAUGACUCGACCAUUGCAGGCUCACCAGUCCCUGCUCGGCCCCCGCCCUUUCACAUUCGAGGUCUCUCCCUCCAUGUACCAUUGAAAGAUGCCUCAGAAGGGGCGGCCGGGCCAAAUAUCUCUCGGAUCCCCCUGUCACCCAAGCUGGACAGUUCCCAGAUUUAUGGCUCACCAUCGUCCAUGCUUCCCCGAAGAUCCAGAGGUCUGGACUAUACAAGAGCAUGUACAAACCUCCAUCAUUCAACUCUAGCAGAGGCUUCUCCGGAUGCCUCCCCAAUUACUGGACGGGGCAUUCAGAUCCCCUCCAGGAGAAGCUUUGUUAACAACGUGCUUGACUCACCGAGCAAUCAGUCCAACACUUUGUGGACUUCUUUGUCCAACGAAAAGACAAACAUGUCUAGUUCUGUCAGCAGUGUUAAUAUGUUUGGGUCGGAUUCGGAUUCGGAUUCAGAUUCUUCUUCAGAGGACAUGGCGAUUGACCGGGAGAUGGAGGACGCCAUCCUCAACACACCUGCAGCGUCUAGGAUUAAUGGGGGAUUGGUGCCGGGAAAUGUGAGCAGUCCGGGCCUUGAGUGGAUGAACAACCAGCCAUCUCCGGCACAAGCAAGUCUCAUGAGUUUCCAGCCAAGUCUGCUGAGCUUCAGGAGGGCGCGGACCCGCAAAGGGAAGAGCCAACACAGUUCCAGCAGUGUUAGCAUGAAAAGUUCCAAGCCUUCACCUGGCCCCUUGUCACCUGGUGUACUAAAGAGCGUGGAAACCGCUGGUAGUGGCUACUUUGGUACAGGGCUAACCAAACAACAACUCCAAUCGAGGCGCGAAAGUCUAAGUCUAGGUACAAACGACUUACACCUUUCAGACAGUGAAGAAAGCAACACCAACAAACCUGCGACUGGACAAUCUCUUUCCGACAUGGACGGCCCAGGGAACGACGGCCCCAGAGGUGUCAUCCGCAGAGCGGUCACUCGUCGUGCUAAUCUCUUCCCAAAGACCAAGGGCUUCGCCCGCAUCCGUGCCCAACUCCUCGAAGAGUCCGCACCCAUCGAAAGCGAGGCUCGACGUGAGGCAGAGGUUAUUCGUCAAGUCCAUGAAAAUGAUCCGGACGCCCCACAUUCGCCUACUCUUCAAGCCAACAGCGCGUUCACGUCCGAGCCUGUUGAAGAUUCUAUUGAGGAUAUGGCCGUCGACACAGGACCUACGCUCCCACUUGAUAGUUUCAGUCGACACGCUGAGAGAAACUCCGCCGGCUCAGCCUUUUGGAACAAUUUCGACGGACGCUACAGAACUCCUCCACCUGGUUUGCUACCGCGCGACAGUAUUUCAGCCGCCAGCGACGAUGCCAUGGACACUCCCAAUUCCUCUCUGGCCGACAAUCUUGCUCUUCGAAACUUCAACAGACGUUCCCGGUCCAGCACUCCACUAGCCUCCAACCCUCCUACUGCCGGGGAUGUGGCGCGACGAGUCAACAACAAGCGACGACGAGAAGAAGACUUUGACGAAGCCUACACCAAACGCCGAGCAGUCUCUCCUGGCAUGAGCGUGCAGAGCAGUCCUAUCCUAUCGCAGAGCCCUCUCCUGAACAACGACAAAGCUUGGGCUAAACUCCCACCAAAGAUGAAUAGCCACGCUCAUGCACACGGUGAUCGCAGCAAUAGUGGAGGAAGCUCGAAUGGUAUUAAGAAGGUUGGCCUGCAGGGCAUGACUGAAACUAGUGAUGGCAUGAUGAGUAUGACCAUCGAUUGA